GUGAAGAGUAUAUAAGACGAAACGAGUUGGAGAACUGAUUUUUGACUCAAGUGUCACAAAUUCAAAUUUCCGAUUACAUUAUUAAAUUAUGAAAUGUCUUGUAACAUCUGAAUAAAUCUAAAUAAAUAUUGUACAUCGCCGAUUCUUUGAUGCUAAAGAUGCCAAUUAUAAUGUCGCAGUCCAAUCAUAAUAAAUUGAAACCACAUCUCUCCUAUGGCCUGGAAUUAAUAUAUACUCCCUUGCAUUUUAGUGUUCAAGUGACUACGGAUAUUAUAUCAGCCAUAGGACACUUUCUAUAUUGUCUUUGGUCACCACCUUUGCGACAUACCUAAAAUUGGAAAGUCAAGAAUCGGAAUGUAAAUAAUAAUAAAUAACACAUGUUUCACAAA